GCUGGACACGCCCCCUUCCCGCUUUGAGGGCGCGCUCCUCCUGCACCGCUCUGGUCAUUCUGUCGCCGACAUGUCCGCCAGUAGUCUGCUGGAGCCGCGACCAAAAGGGCAAGGAAACAAAGUGACAAAUGGAUCUGCACAUCAAAAGGAUGGUUUGAAUGAUGAUGAAUUUGACCCCUAUCUCCACACCCAAGAGAGACCGAACAAUGGUUACACUGCCUUAUCGGAUUCAUAUCUUCCAAGUUACUACAGCCCAUCCAUUGGUUUUUCAUACUCCUUGAGUGAGGCAGCGUGGUCCACUGGGGGUGAUCCUCAACCAACCAUGCCAUACUUGGCCUCCUAUGGUCAGCUGGGCAAUGGGGAGCCACAUUUUCUGCCAGAUACAAUGUUUGGUCCUUUGGGUAGUGCUCCUUUCCUUGGACAACCAAGCUUUAAUUUCUUCCCAAGCGGUAUGGACUUUUCAGCCUGGGGCAGUGGAGGAAACUCUCCUGGGACAUCUGCCACUAAUUCAGGCUAUGGGGGCAACUACACAUAUGCUCCAAGUACUUUGGGUGGAGCUGUGAUGGAAGGGCAAUCAAGCUUCGGUACUGGAAAGGCUGUAGGAAGUAUAGAACAGAGUAUGGAGGCUCUGAAGCUGGGAGGAGAAAAUAGUCUGAAGGCACCAGUUGGCAGUAUGCCCCCUGCUACAAUUGCUCCUCCUAAGCAGGCCUCUUGGGCGGACAUUGCCAGCAAGCCUGCCAAACAAAACCUUGCAAAGGUCCUCCCUCCUCCAUCAGUAAAGCAAAAUAUGGAAAUAGGAACUUGGGACAACAAAGUGCCGUCAUCUAACAUUUGUCAGCCACCAUCUCCCCCAGUCCUUGGGCACUCUGCUCCAGUUGCACACUCUGGUCCUCAUAUCCCAACACGCUGGUCCGCACCACGUAAUAGAGGCUCUGAGCAAGCCCAGCCUUCAUCUACAUCAACCGAGCCACAUCCCUUUCUGGAGAAGUUGCGCUCUAUCAACAACUACAAUCCAAAAGACUUUGACUGUAGCCCUAAACUUGGAAGAGUAUUCAUUGUCAAGAGUUAUUCAGAAGAUGACAUCCACCGAUCCAUCAAGUACAAUAUUUGGUGUUCCACAGAACAUGGCAACAAACGUCUGGAUGCUGCUUACCGCUCACUUAAUGGUAAAGGCCCUGUCUACCUUCUUUUCAGUGUUAAUGGAAGUGGCCAUUUUUGUGGAGUAGCAGAGAUGCGCUCAGCUGUGGACUACAAUACCUGUGCAGGAGUGUGGUCACAGGACAAGUGGAAAGGACGUUUUGAUGUACGCUGGGUUUUUGUCAAGGACGUACCUAAUGGUCAGCUACGUCACAUUCGACUGGAAAAUAAUGAGAACAAACCAGUCACUAACUCACGGGACACUCAGGAGGUUCCUCUAGACAAGGCACGCCAAGUGCUUCGUAUCAUCGCAACCUAUAAACACACCACCUCCAUUUUUGAUGACUUCUCACACUAUGAAAAAAGACAGGAGGAGGAGGACAAUGUCAAAAAGGUGAUAAAGAACUAAAAACUGAAAUAAGGAACAUCUUUAAUACUGUAUCCACCACAUACAACACCAUCGCACUUUGUGGGGUUCAGGAUGGCUUUCACCACCCAAUCGCCUAAUGCCACAGAACUAGCAAAUAGAGGCCAAUGUCCUCCAACCUAAACUUCAGGGAUUCGAACCAGGAUUGCUGGGAUGCAUUAAAACUGGGACGACGAUCCAGUAUAAAUGAUCAAGUUUAAGCAUAAAUUGCUUUGUUUUUGGGUUUUUUCCUCCAACCCAGCAGCUGGAGUUUCUUUUUUUUUUUUUAAAUCCCAUUUUGCCUUUUUAUUUACAUAUUUUGCAGAAAAAGACUUAAUUUUUCAUGGCUACUUGCGUAUGUAUGUAUACAUACAUCUGUUUGUUUCAUUGCUUUUUUUCCAUUCUACAGCUGGAGGUUGACUAGGUAAAGUCUUUAAGUCUUAAUUUGUUUUGAAUUCUGUUCUUUAGCGUGGGUAAAGUUAUUCUAAAAUUAUAUAUGUACAUCUAUGCUAGGCUGCAUACCUCCUUUGUUAAAGGCUGUGUUCAUACUUUGCCAUAAUGUAUUUGAAUAUGUGUUACAAUCCAAAUAUCGGGAAUACCACCUGCAUUAAAGAAAAAAUAUUAAGAAUCUGCCUGUUAGCCCAUGAGAACUUGAGUUAUACAACUCUGCUCAACGGUCUCUUGGAGAGUGGUUAAAGGGUCUGGGCUUCUCUUUGGGCCAAAUUGGCUAUAACAACACAAAAUGUGGGGUCUUUUGUAUAGAGUCCACUUCCUAUAUAGUUUGCAUUGUUUCUUCUUAAAGCCACAGCUUGUUUGGAAUAAACCUCAUGUUGAAAUCAAAA